AUGGCAAGUGUCUUUGAAAUACAAUCAUUCUGGAAAUUAAAGUUCCAAGUGGACGGGGACCGUGGCUUUCUGGCCUGUCUCAUCGAUAGUCCCCAAAGAUACGAGAGCAAAUACUGGCUACUUCUCUACCGGUGUACGGCAACGAUCGAUGGAAAUGAUCGUUCUCAGCUCUGGGUAAUUCGGCAGCAGUGGGAAAUUCACCGAUGGCUGAGGGAAAGAUGCUCACUGACUAAAGUCUCGAACAAGCAAAUUGCCUCUCAACGCAACUUGGUUAAUGGGCUAGAGCUAUGCUGGAAGGAAGCUUCUGCUGAGAUUCACACCAAAAGAUUUCCCAAAAAUGGAAACUUCCGCAAAAAUGGCCCAGUCGUAUGGAUUUGCAAAGCUUGUUGGAUAGAGCAUGUUUCUUUUGAACAAGAUGUUCCAUUGCAAAGUUCCAUUAUUAGCUUGGCCGUGUCUAUCAUGUGGGAAGCGGAACAGACUUUUAUCACUGGAUUUGACUUGCUCAGCGCAGAUACACGCAUCAAUUUUGGCUAUCGACUACCGGGAACGCAAGUUUUGAUCGACAUCCACGACAGGAAGCUUAGGGGAUUUAUGGUUGACUUCGGAAAAUGUGGCAUCCAUGCGAUACGCCCCAUCUUCAACACAGGCGACACUUCGAGCUGGAUAGGCCAGCCAGGGGGCAACGCUUCCUACAAGUCCGUGAAACUAGUCUUAGACCAAGACAUCAAGGCUUUUUCGGGAAAGUUCGAUCUAAAUUCACGGCACGAAGGUAACCGCUAG